GUGAAAUUCAAAGGUUUUCCGAUAGUCUAAUUUGAUGCUUUGUGGAAAAGAUCCAUGUGAUAAAGAAGUAUCGAAGUGACUUCUUUGAGGGCAGUCAUCAAGUUUCCAUCCUGUUUGAAGACAGGAAACUCAAGUGGCCCAGUCCAGCCCAGGGCUAUAAUUCAGGGAAAAGCUACAGUAUACAUACAUCCUGAGUAACAACAUGGCUGAAUCCUGGGCCUCUAUGAGUGUCACUCAGCCUAAAUCCACGACCACGGACUCCAGGGAGAUGGCCCUGCUUCCGCAAGAACUCAGCGGACGCCACCCUACCACACCUGACAUCAUCCAGCUGUGGCAAAAGGAGGCAGGGCUCUUACAGAGAGAGGAAUCAAUUGAGGAGGUGGAGCCAGAGCUUAAGCACAGCUGGUUGAGCAACAAGGAGCUCACAGAGACAACGGCAGAGUUCGAUGCGAGAGCUUCACCUGUUCUGUCCUUAGAGGAGUCCGACCUUGAGCCUCCAGAGGCAGUAGAGCUCCUGAUGUGUGUGGAGGAGCCUGAAGUGGAAGACAUGAUGGAGGGGAUUCCACAGACAACCUUUACCCCUGCCACCCCUAUCCUUGAGUCCCCUGACUUCUUCUCCAUGCCAGAAAUGGUCUCGGAUGUAGUACAUCACCUUCCGUACCCACAGGAACUUCCUUUGUUCUCCAUGCCAGCUAUUCUCACAGCGCCAGCACCAGAGAGCCUUGCUAGUUCUAAAUCAGAAUGUGCUGAUAAAUCCAGUGUUUGCCAAGAAUUUUCAGCGUCACCAACUGAAGAAACUCCUCUAACAACCAAGUCUCAGCCUACUUCCCCCACUGCCUGGAAUGAGCUCCCUGUGCUGCUGAUUGCUGGUGCUGCCCUAGUGGCUGUAGUAAUAAUAAUGAAAUAUGUUUGGACUAAGAAGUAAGAAAGAAUUCCUGGAAGAUGAACUCCCUAUACUAAGUAUAUUCUCUAUAUAAUUUAUUUCUGAACACAUGGUAUAAUGCCACAAAGUGAGCACUACUUUAGACAGCAGUUUUCUUUAUAUUUCUUUAUGUUAAAUACACCAGUAAUUAGCCUACUACUGAAGAUAUUUGAAUUUUAACAAGAGCAGCAUUCGUGCUCCCAUUAGCCAAUAAAUUAGCGAAGUCAAUGUUCUGGCACUUUACUAUAAAUGCCUGGACAAACACAUACAUAUACACAAACACAUAUGUAAGUUUUUCCCAGUAUAUGUUAGUUUUGCAGUGCACUUUAAUAGUUAUUACAUAGUAAUACAUCAUAGCUGAUCUAUAGGAUAUAAACUCCUAUAAAUGCCUGAAUUUGCUGGUCUGCCUGUUAUCAGAUUAAUAUUUUUAAUAUGCAUUCUGAGAUGUAUUACUGGUUACCUGUAAAAUAUUUGAUAACCUAAUCAAAAUGAUUGCUUUAUUAAGCUGAUUUCUAUCCAUUAUCAUUGAUUACCAUGCAGUUUAAUAUCUUAUAUUAAAUGAUUUCAACAGACUUACUUGAG